AUGACAAUUGAUUUGAUAAACUGUCAUUUUAUUACACGAAUUUGUGAAAGUAUUGUGGUAUGUAGCAAGAAUCAGUUAGAUUUAGUACAACAAGUUAUUCAACAAAAAGCAAUUUUCGCUCAUAGAUAUGAAGUUCGAAGACAACGAAUUAAAUUAAUUAUUGAGGCAGUAUGCGGUGGUCUUUGUAAGGAUGAAAAUGAUCUGGAAAAUUUGCUAUCACUAUUGUUUUUCGAAAGGAAAUUGGCGAUAAAGGAUGAGCUUAAUUUCCUCAUUGCAAAAAAAUUAAUUUGUCAUCAAAAAGAUUUCGGUCUGUGUGGGACUCAGUUAGGCCGAGCUGUAUUCACGUCAUCAUUGUCACCUGAUAUUGCAUUACAAGUUUAUGAUGAUCUUGAAAAGGCCAUGCGUUCCUUAGCUUUAGAUAACGAGCUUCAUUUACUUUAUUUGGUGACGCCACUCCAUAAUGAUUCCAUUUGGAUAAAUUACAUCGAUUGGAAUGUUUACUAUAAUAUUUGGUCUAAAUUACCUAGCAGAUUGCAAAGAGUUGGUAAAAUGAUUGGUAUUCUCGAUAGUUUUAUUCUUGGUAAGAUUCAAGGCAGACAAGCCUCCAAAACAGGCAAUAUGCAGGUACAUUUACGUUUUCUUUCUGCAUUGGCACUUUUCGAUCUGAUAAGAGAAUGUCCACUUGGUGAUGUUGCUCGACGUUUUCAUAUAAAUCGUGGAGCAUUACAAACCUUACAACAACAAUCAGCAACAUAUGCCUGUAAAUUUCUUGUAAUUUAA